AUGUACAACGGCAUCGGGCUGCAGACCCCGCGGGGGUCCGGCACGGCCGGCCACGUCCAGGCAAGCAAGUUCGUCGCGAAGCCCCGGCCCUCCCCCUCUUCCUCCCCUUCCGCGGCCGGCGGGAUGCGGAAGCCGAACAAGGACAUCAUCGAGCACGAUCGGAAGAGACAGGUGGAGCUGCGGUUGUUCGUGCUGAGGGACGCGCUCGAGGAUCUGGGGUACACGGAGGCCGAGAUCGAGGCACGCGUUGACGAGGCGCGCAAGGCUGCCGAGGCCGAGGCGGCAGCGGAGGAGGUGGACGAAGGCGGACCACCUCUCCAGCGCAAAGGGUAUGGGCAUAUUGAGUAG